AUGGGUCUAAGGGCUCAAGAUCAAGCUCCACACGGGUUUGCUUAUAAGAACCCCACAACUUUCUCAUCAUCAGCAUUUGAUUUCUUUCACCAAAACACUAAUGAUGAUCAGCCCAUUUCCCGAUACCCAUGUGUAGCAACAAUUUGCUCACCAUUGGCUCUAGCAGCUACAGUGGAAUCAGCACUGGCAUAUGAGAGCAAAUCAACAGGACCGAAAAUGGGUGGGAGACGAGUGGGAGCAGGUGCCAUUGCUGGGAUGCUGUUUGGUUUCGUAUUUGUGGUGAUUUUGCCAAUGAGAGUCUACUAUGGGGUGGCCACUCGUCAAGCCAAUUUGAGUUGA